AACUGCACAGCUGAACCUCUCCUCUCUUUCUCCAGCAUUCACUUCAUUAAUCUCACUAUGCCGAUUGGCAGCAGCCCAGAUUUUGAGAAAAGAUCAUUUGAAAUCAAGAAUGAUGACAAGUUUUUCUCAAGGCUUCUUACGAAGGAAACCUCAAAAACAAACCCUUCAUUUAGGGUUUACUAUGGAGAUGUACCUGGUACAGUGCCCUUCAUGUGGGAGACUAGCCCUGGCACCCCCAAACACCAUUCAUUCUAUGACACCUCUUUAAUUCCUCCUCUUACGCCACCUCCUUACUAUUCCACCAACAUCAAUAAACCCAUAAAAAGGAACUCACGAUCAAAACUUUUGUACACUUUACUCAGGAGAAUCAAUCCAAAGAAAGUUAACCAGUUUGGAAUGUCAUCUUCUUCUUCUUCAUCGAUGUCGUGUGUCCACGAAGGACGAAGACAAUUUUCAAGGCGUGGAACAAUGUUGGAUGACGAUCAUCAGGAAGUGUGCCCUUCACGAUUGAGUUUGAUCACGAAGAAAGCUUUGCUGUCCAUCGUUGGCCAUCGAUCUGGCUAAGGUAUUCUGAAAGAUUCAUCGUGUCCGUGACCGUCGCUUUCAUCUUUCCUUUGUGUUUGGGGAUGAAAUGAUCCAUCAAUCAGUUGAAGUGUAUGAUUUUAGUGAAUAAAACUCUUAUAACAUGUUUGGUAAUAAGUUUUAGAUAGCAAGGGUUAGUAUUAAGAAUUUAGAUAAUAAUGUCAAAAUCUCGUCCCGUAAAUUGUACCAAACACGUGCUUAAACUGAUUUGAGGAUAAAUGCAAAUUAACCUGUA